AUGAACAAGAGUGUCGCGGGCAAGCGCAAGAGGCCGCCCCCCAAGCAGCCCAAGGAAGAGGACAAGGGCCGGGCUCGACUCGAGAUCGGCUACGCCCAGGCCGAAGAAGAGCCCACGACGAACGAGAAGGAGAAGGUUGAAGAAGAAGAGGAGGAAGAAGAAGAGAUGAAGAAAGGAGGUCGUGUGGCCCAGCAGCUGCUGUGGAAGGGUGCGAGUAGUAGUAGCGCGGGCCGGACCUGCGGCGGACGGCCCGGACCCGAGGGCUGGCAGGAGGUGUGGGAUCGGAUCGUGCGAUAUCGAGCAGAGCACAAGGUCCCCCUCCUUCCAUGA